AUGCCGCAACCACUGCACACUGGCCUUGGCAGAGUAGACUCACUCGACGACUCAUGUCCCAAGAAGCUCGCCCCUGAUGCCAUAGUCGUCCCAGUAACUUCGCCUCGCACCGCAAGUUGGAGGGAUGUGGCCAAGCCCUGGUCGGAGGACUUUGAUGCAGAUGAAAUUGUGGCUCGCCUCCCUUGUCUCACCGCCCCAUGCUGCACAGCUGGUGUGAAGCGUGCAGGCUUGCCUGUGCUCCGUGCCAUUGAGCAGUUUAUAUCGGCAGAUGCCGCUCUGGUGCCUUACGAACCAUGCCGCCUGUCCCGGCAAGUCGCAGAGGCGACGGUAAAUCCCUGA